AUGUCAUCCCCGGCGCCUGCCAACUCCUCUGGGAGCAACCUCCAAGUCCUCCCACCCAUUCUCACCAAUGAAGCAGUAAAACCGUCGCCAAGUGCGAAGGAUCGGUUGUCGACUUACUCGAAUCUCUCCUUCACAUCCCAGAACCGCUCACGCCCAGGCUCCCACGUGUUCCCCAUCUUCCAUACCAGUCUUCCAUACGCCCUGGUGCGAGACUUUGCCUACCCGCCUAUCCACCCGCUACAUUAUGGACCUCCUCCUCACGCUUCGGGUGUCUCGACGCCUGCCAGCGAAUACCGUCGCUUGUCAGACCCCCCAACUUCAUGGGACACGUCAAGAGGUCCAUGGUCUUCGGGCCCGUGGAGCACAGAGAACAACCAGGGUCAAGGUCAGGGUCAGGGCCAACAACAGCAACUUCCGGCCAUGUCAUUCGGCGAUGGGCCCCCAUACAGCGAGGAUGAAGACCUUCACAGUCCGGUCGUGACCACCUCGCGUCAGCGUCAAAAGUCCACCAGUAUCGACUCAAAGGGCGACGAACAAAUCACUGCGAAUGAACUAGAUCGCGGCACCUACGUUGGUAGAAAUGCCGAUGGCAGUGAAACGUUUUAUGUGAACAACAGUGAUGCAAUGGAAAACGGACCUGGCGGAGAAUAUAUUACAUACCCUGCUAGUCAAGGACGGCAUUCGUACCAUUCCGGUGGUCAGCAAGGAUAUUUACCUGAAACCGGAUUCACACACGAGGAUGGCAAUACUGGCGUUAACCGGUAUUCGAAUGAUUACCAAUUUGCCGUUGGCUGCCCAGAUGAAGAAAUGCACGGCAAAGCGGUUGCGCUUUUCGAUUUCACGCGCGAGCAUGAGAAUGAGCUUCCCCUCACGGAGGGCCAGGUGAUCUACGUUUCAUACCGACACGGCCAAGGCUGGCUCGUUGCAGAAGACCCAAAGACCGGAGAGAAUGGACUUGUACCAGAAGAAUUUGUACGUCUGCUUCGUGACAUCGAAGGGGGCUUGACUUCUUUGAAUGGGGAGCCUGGUCCAGAUAUUUCGGACACUAGUGCAACUCUCAGCAUGGAUACAAGUGAAGACAGUCAUGAUUCCACCCCUGUCAACACUGGCCACUCUACUCCUACACAGAAUGAUAACUCCGGUACAAAUGGCAACUCCCAUGUGACGAUUUCCGUCGAUAAACCCGAUUCUGUUGCUGUUCCAGGAUCUAAGACAUCGAGUGGGGGCAACCGUUCCAGCAUGCUGGCAAAGACCUGA